GACAACCAUUCUCACCUUUUCGUAUCCAGAUUUUGCCACGUCAGCCUGGUCCAGUGAGGUCAGCUCGCCUCUCUGUUUUCCCUAAAUAGAAGCCUCCGUCCGCACCGCUGCAUUUUAAUCUCCAUAUUAGUUCACUUUCCCCUUUAUUGUGGAUUGUCCUGCGCGUACGAAGCGCUAAGCGCUUUCGUCAUAGUGCGGAGAUGGCAACUGCAACCCGCAUCCUUUCGCUUACAUCACAUCAAGCGAUGAGCCCCUCUUCCUUGCAGCUUCCACUCCUGCCGUCCCCCUCAUUGUCAAGUCGUUUACCGUCUACUACCCUCACUGCGCCGAUUCGACGAGGGCUUUCGUGCAGAGCGCUGGCCGUCCGAUCGUUGAUCCAACGGCAUCGCGACUCCGCGAGCCAAGCCGACGAAUCCGCUGUCUGUCGCAUAACCGCCAGUAACCAGCAAGCACUAUCCGACUCCCCUUCUGUCCUAGCGACCUCCGUGACUGGCGCCGCGACUGCCGCCGCUUGUUCCGCUUCGUUUUUCCUCGCGCCGGCGGCGUCUGCCGUGUCCCUUGAUAGCCUCGCGUCACUCGCGCAAAACGCGGCGGUAAUUGCGGAGAUCUCGCCGGAUGCGGCGUCGGCAGUGGGUGCCGUGCUGGGCCCGCUUUUCGCGGGGCUUAACUUCCUCUUCAUUCUCCGCAUCGUCAUGUCGUGGUACCCGCAGCUGCCAGUGUCCGAGUUCCCUUUCAUCAUCGCCUAUGCGCCCACGGAGCCCAUUCUCCGCAUCACCCGAACCAUCAUCCAGCCCAUCGGUGGGGUGGACAUCGCCCCCAUUGUGUGGCUCGCCCUCAUCAGCUUCCUCAACGAGAUUCUGCUGGGGCAGCAGGGGCUGCUCGUGCUGAUUGCCAACCAGCAAUCACUGCUGUAGAUUUUCUUUUCUUGUAGGCACCUUGGAGUUGCCUAUCAUUGUUGUUCACAUCGCCCGCAUCGUGUGGCUUGCUCUCAUCAGCUGCCUCAACGAGUGUCAGAACUCAGUCACUAACCACUAAGUUAAAAGGGCUUGUUAAUAGCAGGUCAUAUUAGCAUGAGAAUGAAUGACUAGAAUGAUGGAAACAUGUUGGUUUUGUCUAGGGGGUUGUACCCUCUAAGAGUACGCACCUAC